GGCUUUGUGAGGAAAUUACGUCACAGAAGCGCGACUGUAAAACUGACAUAAAUCCUCUUGUAGCUUUGCUUGUUUGAUGUGCUUUGUUUUUGAAAUAAGAUACCGGGUUGGUGUUCUGCUGCACCGCGAAACGAGCCCGAACCAGACCUUCAAGUCGAAAACAGUCGGAAGACUUUCUCCGUUAAAGCCCAGAGAUAGCAGCAGGCGAACUAGCUGUUAGGAGACGAAAGAGGAUUUCAAAUUCUGGAUUCUGAAGACUCCGAUAUUCUUUAACCGAGAAGAGGCCACUAGUCUGUUGCCACACCGGAAUAUUCUUCCUUUGCUUUUAUUUAUUUAUUAUUUUAGCUAGUUCUUCAUUCCCUUCUCCUUUGUGUUGCUCCGCCGGCUCAUGGCGGCCUCCCUGCCCCAGAAGCCGGGCAUAGCAGGGAUGCCCCCCGGCGCCUCGGUGGCCCCGGGCCAGCAGCCUCCACAGGGAGCUCUUCGAGAGAUCUCCCCAGUGUUCCUGUGCAGGAUCGGACAGGAGACCGUGCAGGACAUCGUCACGCGCACUAUGGAGAUCUUUCAGAUCACGCGGGCGACACAGCUGCCAAACGGUGUGACCCAGAGCCACGCCAUGUACCAGGAUCGCUUCGGGAAGCUGCAGGAGCACCUCCGCCAGCUGGCCCUGCUCUUCCGGAAGCUCCGCCUGCUGUACGAGCGCUGCGUGGAGAUGACCUCUGACUUGCAGGAGGAGCCGGCAGAGCUUGUGCCGUAUGUAGGAGAGGACCUCGUUUCUGUUCGGGUGGAGCCCUGCAGCCCGGCUGUCAGCCAGGAGAGACAGGAGGUCCUGGAGAAAGUGCGGCAGAAGAACCAGGAGAUGAAGGUACUGAUGGACCAGAUGAGAAACCUGCUGUGGGACGUCAACGCCAUGCUGACGCUCAGGAAGUGACGGCCAUCAGAGCAGGCUUUGACUCGUGAUGCGGAGAAGGUCGCCUCCAGUGCAGAAGUUCAGCCGGUAAGGAUGAUGGAUGAACGUGGAAACAGAUCUCCUGGAUAGAAACGAGCGUUUAUGAAUACAAGUUUGUGUGCAGAAAUCUGAUCUCCUCCGUGUGCCGUCAGCCCGCUCACGAGGCUCCGAAGGUUUUGAUAAACUCCGUGGCGGCAUGAAUGGAAGCUCUGUUUAGAGGCAGCUUCAUAUUUUUUUUUCCUUUUUCUUACCAUAAAAUAAAUGGUUUGAUUCCCAGAAAGAGUCUGACUGGUGGUGAGGCGUCAUCAGGAGACUCUCGCUGAACUUUGGGAUGGUUUGUUUUUCAGCUUUUUUUUUUUUUUUUGUCCUUUGAGGUGCAGCGCACAUGAAUUCAGUGCAAAGCAAACUUUCCCUCAUCUUAAACUUGAAAGUGGAGCCACACCUUCAGGCUCCACCCUGCUGUUGAUGCAGCUGCGCUGCGUUUGUUCUGCAAAUCCUGCGGCUUCACCCGUUUGUCUGCGGCUGAGCGUGAUUUGUGAGCGUGUGCAACCACAGCCUGCUAUCACAAAAAAAAAAAUCGCAAGAGAAGAAGCUGGAUCACUUCCAAACUCCCCUCCUCUGCAUCCUCCUCCUCAUCAUCAUCCUUGAGUCUGGGCCUGCAGAGACGAGGAAGCAUCCCACUCUGAUGGAAGAGGAGGCGGCCUCACCUCACUCGCCUCUAUUUUUAAAUGCAGAGAACCUGAUUGCAGAUCAGUCACGCUGCAGAGGCGCACCAAUGCCGAGACACAGGCUGGUUCUUUACCCCGGUGGAUGAGUCCAUCUCAUGACCAGCGAGGGGAAACUGUGUAACACAGGAAUCUCACUAAAACUAGAACAUCUCAUCUGCUGCAGAACCACAGAAAGAAAAAUCAAAUGUUGAAAUUCUCCUCAAAAGAAAUAAAAAACAAUUUUAUUUGAAUAGAUGAAGAGAAUAUAUGUUUUUAUUUUUGU